GCAUGCAUCAUGUAAAGUGCACACCCGGGGUCGGCUCUUAAUUUGUUUACAGAGCUACUCAGGGUUAGAGGUGGACGUAAACUUACCUGACAGGGGUAACUAGUUUUCUCUCAAUGAAUAACUCGAUGUUUACAGGAGAAGGUGGCUCUUAUGCAACCUGAAUGAUUUGAACUUCAACAAAAUAAGAUGCAUCCAAAGGUCCAACUCUAAAGUAUAUAAUUAAUCCUGAUCAAACAACGUUAAGACGUAGAUAAUGCGUCAUUCAUUAUAGGGCGUGAUGUUUGUGAAAACAUGAAAAAACAUCUCCCUGCCAAAAUAAGCAAUACAGUGCUUGCCCCCAAACCCAAUGCAUUUGUAAAGGGCCUACGUAAACUUCCCAUUCUCCACGAUGAGUUGUAUGCCCAACAGACCUGCCUCUACCAAUAUUAUGGAGAAAACUCUUUGGUCCUACCGGCGAGUAAAGACAGUAAGAGGAUAGUGUACACGAUAAUGGAGUACAGCCCCUUGUUGGACUCUUCAAAUAUGACCACAGAUGACUGGGGUAGAAUUGGAAAAGACAUUGAGAAAAAUUACCAAAGCUAUGACGGUUUUGUGAUUCUCCAUGGGACGGACACUAUGGCUUACACAGCCUCAGCCCUGUCCUUCAUGUGUGAGCAUCUGGGCAAACCGAUUAUACUCACAGGUUCACAGGUGCCCAUCUAUGAAAUACGGAAUGAUGGCAGAGACAACCUGUUGGGGGCGCUGUUGAUUGCAGGACAGUUUGUUAUCCCUGAGGUGGGUUUAUAUUUCCAUAACAAACUGUACAGAGGCAAUCGUGCAACCAAAGUGGAUACUGGGAGCUUUAAUGCGUUCUCUUCUCCUAACUUGGCUCCCCUGGCCUCUGCUGAAGUGGACAUUAUAAUUAACUGGGACACCGUGUGGAGGGCCAACACAACAGCCAAGUUUCAAGUGAGCACAGAGCUGAACCGGAAUGUGGGGCUGCUGCGACUUUUUCCAGGCAUCACUGCUGCCACUGUUCGGGCCUUCCUUCAGCCUCCGAUGCAGGGAGUUGUGCUGGAGACAUAUGGCAGCGGAAACGCUCCCGACAACCGCAAGGAUCUACUCGAUGAGCUGAAGAAAGCCACUGAUUCUGGUGUCAUUAUCAUCAACUGUACACAGUGUCUCAGGGGAACAGUUUCCACAUCCUAUGCAACGGGAAAGGUUUUGAUUGACGCAGGACUGAUAGCUGGUGGCGACAUGACUCCAGAAGCUGCACUCUCAAAGCUGUCCUAUGUGUUGGCAAAGAAUGACCUGGAUCUACAGGCAAAGAAAAAGAUGAUGAGUCAGAACCUCAGAGGGGAGAUGAGAGCUGAUUUAGCUGGAGCCAAGCUGUGCCUGAGUGACAGUCGUUUCAUCCAAGUCAUUGCCAAAUCUCUGAGCAUCAGCUGCAAAGAGGAGUUGGAAGCAAUCCGUGAUGCCCUGACUCCCCCGUUAGCCUGUGCUGCUGCUAAGAUUGGAGACAUUGAAGCACUUGAGGCCUUAAAAGAAAUGGGCAGUAAUUUGUCUUUAGGAGACUAUGAUGGACGGACGCCUCUUCAUGUGGCGUGUUGUGAGGGCAACCUCAAAGCAGUGCAGUACCUGCUGAGCCACGGCGCCACAGUGUACGCUAAAGAUCGCUAUGGGGCCACUCCCCUGUGCAAUGCGGUACACUUUAGACACAAGGAAGUGGUGAGGCUAUUGAGGAAGACUGGAGCUCACUUUUCUCGUAACGAGAUGGAUGAAGCAGGCGUAGAGCUGUGCAGUCUGGCGACCAGCGGGGACUUGGAGGGUCUAGAAAUCUGGAGCCUUGCUGGUGCAGAUCUGACUAAACCAGGAUAUGAUGGACAAAACGCCAUUCAAGUGGCUCAGUCGGUUGGCCAAAAAGAAGUGGUAGCAUUUUUAGUCCAGCUCAUGAGCAAUAGAACCAAGACAGUUUUUGGUGACUUUAGUGAAUAUGAUGAAUUUGAUAAUGAUGAGGAGGAGAACGGGAUCGAGUUCACCGCCCCCACAUCAGGACUGUGAAACCCCCAGAGGACCACGCCACCUUUACAUCCACUUUGCAGUCUUACUUCCCAGCUUAAUACACCAGUAAAUCUUGAAUGUGUCAACUUGUCUGUCCCUGGGCUCUUAAAUGGCUUUGAAAUAUGUCUAACCUAACCAUGCCAACUUUAUCUUACUGUUCCUAGCUUUUAAUGUGUCUAAAGCCAUAUAAUGUUUCCAUCCAAAAUGAGUAAAAGCACAGCACUAACUUGUGUAUAUACUGUACAAGUGUAAUGAACCAGCAAUGCUAUAAAUGUAUGUAUUGUUGUUUUGAUUGUUUUACUCACUGACUGUUUUAAAUGCUGCUUUUAAUGCCGAAAGGAUUGUUAUUGUAAUGUGCUGGGAAAUCAGGGUUUGAAUAAAUGUGAUAUAUUUUUACAGGGAGAGUGCUAUAAUCUCCCUUGCUACUCAUUUGUGAAUUUAAAUAUGGCCUGCAGCAAUAAAUGUAUGGUGUCUAUAAAUUUUCAGUUACUUUAAGCAUUUCAAAAACACAUUGGUAACUUUACCCUGAGACAAGAUUUUAUUGUUUCCUGCAGCCAAAACAGGUAAUGCAAAAACCAGCAGUUACCCUUCAGACCCAACCAGUUUGAGAGACUACAGUCAAGCUGGAAGAGUUGCAUAUCUCUGUAUUUCAAACUAUGCUCACCUGUUUUUGCUAAAUGUUUUUGCACUGUUGAGGUCAUUUCCACACAAAUGUUACCGCUGAAUUUCAAUGCAAGUUCAAAACGUCUGCUGUUGUCUGUCUGUACUCUACUGUAGAGGGAUGAGAGGUGCUGAGAGAUGUUGAAAUAUAGUGGUCUAUUUUGCUGUGACAAAAGCAAUAAAAAGUAAAUCUCUUGUAUCAAA